AUGGCUUUCGCAGCUGACCUCAGCACACUUACCGAUGCCUUGAUCACCUCGGUUGUCAAGGUACCACCGGCACAAAAAGGAUCGGCGCGUAUUCAAAGUUUGAAACGCCGGGCUCAAGGAGCUCUCCGAACCGGUGCACACACUCGCACCGACCAAUUUGCUGUCGCCAAACAACUGGAAGGUCUACAAGAGAAGUUCCAAGUCUUGAAUAGAGAUGAACUUGCCGAAGCCCUUCAAACUCGGGUCGCAGAAGUGGAGAACCACCGCAACCCCUGGCUUCCAGAAAUCCUAAGCUUGCUGCUGCAACUUUCAGACCGUCCGGCGCUUUUCUCUACGAUUAGACCCCCACAAGAGGGCGCCAAGCUACCAGAAGCAAAUGAAUCACUCUCGUGGUCAGAUAUCAGAGAUGAUAGGGCUGCGUUCAACGACGAAGAAAUCUGGGAACAAGUUGACUUUGGUGCCGACUCCUCGGACGAUGACUUUUCAUCUGUUGCCAGCGAUGUAUCCCUCCCAAAACGCAGGCCACAAUCAUCCACAACUGUGGAAGAGGGGUACGUGAUUCCGGAUGAUAUCUUUAUCCCCGAAGAAGAUGACAACGUUGUUGCCUCCAUAGAGAAAGCUCAAUUUUGGAGGCCGCAAAAUCAUCACUCAGUAUCGCCAGGAAAGACGGAAGCCUCGCGACCUAUUACGGAAUCCCAACUAGCUCGAGAGACCAUCUUCAUGCUUCAAGGGCUUCCCACGUCUAUUUUCCGACAUGUUGAUAAUCACAUCAGCGUGGAUCAUAGAUACACACUCGCACACUCGUCCAACGAAGCUCUGGCCUCGCUUUUGCAAUGCUUUGGUGAAAUCGGCACCCAGCUCUACGGCGUACGGAGCUUCACCAAAAUCACACAAGAAAUACCAUACAUGCAAACGUUUUGCAGAGGAAUCGAAGACCGUCUUCUUGCCUUUGACAAGGCUUUAUCUCACAUUCAGUGCGAAUACCUCUCCCCUGGGUCUACCAUCAGUCUUCUUCAACUCCUUGCCGAUAUUCGCCAACACUCACACGAACUCUCUCUUCUCUCGGACGUGAUCUGCAAACUAGACAAUAACUCAGUCGACCAACAACCCAUGCGCUGUCUUGAUCAACUUUACGACUUGAUAUGUAUGCUGGAAGCACUAGGCGAAGAAACUUCAACUAAAAGUCUCAUUCAGCUAUUCUUCCAGUGUUUCAACACAUACACAAGAUCAACUCGUCUGUGGAUGGAAACAGGUCAGGUCGAUGCUCUGGACAGCACAUUCUUCGUCAAGGCCAUUCGCGAAAACGGAGACCUACGAACUCUCUGGCAUGACUGGUUCGUGCUCGAUGUGGGCGACGAAGGGCAGAAAAUCCCACAAUUUCUCGCAACUAGUGUUCAAAAGGUGUUCACGGCCGGUAAGAGCACGGUCUUCUUACGCCAUCUGAUCGCCUUGCCCGACAGUGCUGUGUCCCAUGAAGGUGAUCACACAUCAGAACCCUCACUCCUGCUCCCAUUCCCCGCAUUAGUAGAGUCUGAAUUUGAAAAGAUUGUCGAUGCCGAUCAUUCGCUAAGUGCCGGUCUCUUGCGAACGCAACUCGACCAGCAAUGCGGGCUGUGGACAUCUCUCGAGGCUCUCCAUCACGUUUAUUUCGGGAAAGACAUGAGCUCCACCAGCGCCAUUGAUGCCAAGGUCUUCGAUCUCAUGGAUCGCGGUCGUUCCUGGGAUAGAUUCUUGCUUACGGAGAUAGCAAGAACGGCAUUCCAACCUGUCCCUGUCAUCGACACCUCAAAGCUCCUCGUGAAGCCUCUUAGCAUUGCACACGCUCACGCGCCUACGCGAUCGGUUCUGAAACUCAAUGAUAUCUCAAUCGACUACGGUCUACCCUGGCCCGUUGCGAACAUCAUCACGGAAGACGCAAUUAACUCUUACCAACGCAUAUCUAUCUUCCUCAUGCAAAUCCGACGCGCGAAAUAUUCAAUCGUCAAACAGCGUAUUCGCGAUGCCCGCAACAAGCCCCACGACACCGGUACAUCAGCCAGUGUCCUCCACCACAACAUGCUCUGGUUCUUGGAUUUCAUCUACGGACACUUCACCUACUUUGUCAUCUCUAGCGCAACAGAAUCAUUGCUCAAAUGGAUGACCAGUGCGCGGGAUGUCGAUGCAAUGAUCUCCACGCACCGUGAGUUUAUUUCCUCCGUGGAAGUUCAGUGCUUGCUUUCUGCAGACUUGUCCCCAAUCCACGAAGCAAUCAUCAGUAUCUUGGAUCUCUGCAUCCAUUUUGCAGAUAUGCAGACCGCUCACUCUCUCGCUGGUGGGGAUCAAGUUCCACAGGCGAAAUAUACAGAGAAGCGCACAAAGAACACCGACGGCGACUCCGAUUCCGACGACGAUUACGAAAAUGAUGAACCAAUACACGAACAUACAAUCACAACCCCAUUCACAGAUUCGAGCUACGCCCAGCAGAUGAGCAUGGUGAAACAUAACUUUGAGCACCUCACCACAUUUGUCACAGAUAGCUUGAAAGGUCUGGCUCGCGCGGAUGGUCCUGUUAGCUGGGAUAUUCUCGCUGAAAGGCUUGAGUGGAGGCAAAAGUGA